AUGGGCGAGUCUGCACCCUCCGCAGACGCCGAGUCCUCUGAUGGCCCCUCGAAACCCAGCAAACCACACAUCCUCCCGGACGUCGUCAACAUCACUCCCAUCGGUGAUAUCAUUCUUUCCGUAACCUUCGAAACAUCCGCCGAGACACUCAGGAAAACCCGCAAGGCGGCCCUCUCUGCCUCCCGCAUAUCCAGCCUCCCCAAUGGCCCAUCCGCGCCGCCACAGGUCUUGAAGCCCAAGGUCACCAUUGCAUACCGCGUACAGCUGGACAUGCUUAAGACACACUCCCAGUACUUUGGCAAUUUGCUCACAAACCCGCAAUUCCGGGAAGCCAAACUCAUUACCGCUGUCCAUGCCGACCUAGCUGGCAGAAAGAUAAAGACUUCAGAAGCAGAUCCAGCUGAGCUGCCUCGUGUGAAAAUUACAGACGAUGAUGAGGCGACGCAGUCUGCGGGGAGGGAAUCCGUAUUUGAGGACAUGCUUCGCAUCAUCCACCAGGUGCCUAUCAAGACGACUCGCACGGUCAUGUCGUAUGCGACCACGUUGGCGUUGCUAGCAGAUCGAUUCGACUGCCGCGCCCCUGUGUCUCGAGCCCUCAUGGACAUCAAGUUCAAGUGGCCCCUGACCAACACCCGCCCGUACCUGGAUGAGUCGGGACGUGUGACGGAGACGGAGAAGGUCUUGCGUCAGAAGAUUCUCGUGGCCUGGCUCUUGGGGCAGCCGAUGCGUUUGCACCAGGCCAGCAGGGAACUAGUCAUUCGGGGCUCACGGCUCUGGGGCGUAUACGGCGAAGAGGACGAAGUACAGGGCGCAUGGUGGCAUCUCCCGGAAGGCAUAGAAGAAGAACUCCGGUACCGUCGAGAAUGUAUCCUGGACACCAUAGCCUCCAUUCAGCGCCAUUUUCUUACCCUGUACGCUUCUCGUAAUCGCCAGUGCAAGCUGGGGUACGACUCCAGCACCGCCUGCGACUCGUUCCAGUUUGGCCAGAUGCUGAAAUUCCUCCUGUCAAAGGAUCUGCUGCACCUCGUGGACUUUGCGCCGUCGUCGGUGGACAACGUGCCGGAUACGUCAAUGGUGGAUAUAGACGAGCUGUUGGGGACCUUGAAACAGUGUCCCAAUUACCAGAUUGACAAGCACCACACAAAUUGCGGGCUGAGGAUUCGAAUUGAUCCCAUUCUAGACUAUGUUAGGGCCAUGGUAGGUGCGGGCGUGGUGGCAAUUCCGCUGGCAGAUUGGAAGCGAAGGAGGGCAGAUGUUUCGUGGUUGAAUGAGAAGGAGGGCUUGAGGAAUGUCAGAGACGCGGAAGAGGGUUCCAAUGCGUUUGCCUUUACGAGGGCCCUGGCGACCGAUCAGAGGUUGAGAUAUGAGGGCGCUUUAUAUGCAGAUGGGAUGGCGAGGCGGCUGUUCACUGCGGAUACAUGGGAUUGGACACCAGAGGCCUAA